AUGGAAUAUGCUGACGGUGGUGCGCUUAAGAACUAUUUGAAGGAUAAUUUCGAUAAGCUUGCUUGGGGAGAUAAAUAUAACUUGGCAUUUCAGUUGUCUUGUGCUGUAUCGUGUUUACAUAACGAAGGAAUUGUACAUCGUGAUUUGCAUUCCGGCAAUAUAUUAAUUCAUCAAGGUGUCAUAAAACUAGCCGACUUUGGAUUAUCGAAAAGGAUAGAAGCAACAACUAAUCAAUCAAAAACUUUUGGAGUAAUUCCUUAUGUUGACCCAAAAAUUUUUAGCAGACGAAGAAAUGACAAUACAUCACCACAAUUCAAACUAAACGAAAAAAGCGACGUUUACAGUGUUGGUGUACUCAUGUGGGAGAUAUCAAGCGGUCGACCUCCUUUUUAUAUUAAGGAUGAAGAAUACGACAUAAGUUUAGCUAUCGAAAUUUUGGGGUGCUGGGAUAAUGAGCCAGAUAAUCGUCCAUCAAUAAAUCAAGUAUUUGAUAAAUUAAAUGUGAAGAUGAACAUAACAGAAAACAAUCAAAUGAAUAAUUACGAAUCAAAUGUUUCUAAC